GUCUACUCGGACACUGGAAAGGAGGAUCGAUUCGUCAUGUCUUGAUCUCUCCCCAGGUCGACAGCGCGAUGCGCUCCCGCCAAGUCCUCGCGGACCUCGGCCACGGGACAUGACCAGGGGGACUCAAAGUGUCAACGAUUGUCCUAUCUGGGCAGAGCCACACAGUGCGAGUCAGAAGAGGACACGCCUUCAGACGGUCAUACACAAGAUAUAGCCAGAAUACUUCUACCAUGUCUGAUCUGUUCAAGGAUGUUCCCGAGUUUGUCGAGCUCGAUAUCGGCGAAUCUUUGACUGCGAGGACGGAAACACUGUCUACGUUCCGGGAGCUCGGCCCUCCCGACCUGUGCCAUGUGGUCAAAGUGACCGGGUCCAAGAACGCUAUCAAAGAAAUCGGCUCAUAUCAUUACUGCUCUGGAGUGGAAGCUUCUUCCUCAGCAUUGCUGGCGGCCUACCUUCAUUCUCUGACGUUCUCGGUCGAGGACAACUCGGCAUGGUUUAGCGGGAAGAGUGCCAACUGGAAGGUUCGGAGUGGGACAUACUGUUGCUUCAAUGCCUUCUCUCGAGUCGACAUACGGGUAGAAGUGAAGAUUCCAGGAGGCGUGGACGCAUACGUAGUGGAUCUACGUGGAGAACGCAUGGAACCCACACCAGCAAUGUGGCAGGAGACCUAUGUCUCAGCCUUGUUGAGGGCGAUCCGAUAUGCCGAUGAUCCGAGCUAUAGGCUUGCGGGGUAUCGAAAGCUGGAUCCCAUUACGACUCCCGAGGCCGAACAGAGGUUCUUGGAGGCUGCCGAGGCAGUAUUCUUUCGAGGCUGGCAACUUGGCUCCGACCCAGAGAUCCAGGUAGCUACCGUUAUUUCGAAUCACUUGACGGCAGGAAUCAUGAAAUACUUUGGCGACUCAUAUCGGCUACAACAUGCCGCGAACCUAUUCGAGAAGCUGGUGGAUAAAGAGCCUGAGGUUGCAGCCUUGCUAGCUAAGAGCUACAUCGGAAUGAACGAGGAGGUCAAGGCGAUUCAAGUGCUCUCCGCAGCCCUUCAUCAGAACCCGCAAUCAUAUCACCUGCUUCAUACUCAGUGUGAUUUCCUACGGAACAAGGGGAAAACGGAGUGGGCGCUGAAGCUGGCCAAGCAGGCCGUCAAUUGUGCUCCUAGCGAGUUCGUUACCUGGGCGAAGCUGACGGAGGUUUACAUUGAUAUGGGGAUGUAUGACUCGGCUCUUCUGACGCUCAACUCGUGCCCCAUGUUCACCUUCAAUGAGAGGGAUCUGCAUCGGAUGCCUACCCCUCUCCGAACACAUCUGCCGAUCAAGGGUUUCAUUGCCACCUCGAACAUCUUGGACGAGGACUCCGGCCGGGACAACGAGGCCGAUAUCGCUCUUCUCCGGUUGCCUGCACCGAGCCUCCGAGGAACAUUUGCCAAGGCAUACAGCCUCUUGACUAAGCUCACAGCACAGAUCGGCUGGGACGAGUUGCUCAGGACCCGAUCAACCGUCUUUGUAAUGGAGGAGGAAUACCGAAAGCACAAGGCGCAUGCGUCGGUAGAUGGCGACAUGACGCCCCGAGCGGGCGACAUGGCUGAGGACAACGCUUCGACGAGGGGAGUACGGUCACCUCGUCCGAUGAUGCACAUCAACACCGAUCUCGCAGGAUCGAGUCGGACCAAUGAUGAGCAGCUCGAGGUACCCCAAACUCCUAUUCCCACGAUCAAAAUUUCUAGCGAGUCAGAUCACGAGCGAGAACACGCGGCUCUCAAAAAGAUGGGCAUCCAAGCCAGUGGCGGACCGGAUACAGUGCCUUCCCCUGUUCCAGAAGAGCGGGAGGAGGACGUGCAAAAAUCGAUGGAUCCUGAUUUCCAGGCUGCUUCCGAGAUCACCAAGCCGGAAUUAGCUCAACCAGUAGACGAGGACAGGAAGGCCAGUGAAGCGAACGAGGUAGCCAAUGGGGAUUCUGCACCUGGUGAAAACGCUGGGUCACCUGACCAACAAGACAGCGGUUCCUCUUUCAACAAUAAGCGACUUUGCGAGCGAUGGCUUGACAACCUGUUCAUGUCGCUAUACGAAGACCUUCGGGUCUACACCAUUUGGCGAGCGGAGAUAUCACACUUCAAGACCCAACACAUGUCUUACCGUAAGACCGGCACUGAGUGGGAAAUUCUUGGUGAACUCGCCCAGCGCCUGCACCACAAGGAAGAAGCGAAGGACGCAUUCCAACGUUGUCUCGAUACGCGCUUCUCUUCAAAAGCCUGGGUCAAGCUAUUAGAGUAUUAUACCGAAGAAGGCGAUCUCGAUCGAGCGCUGGGCGCUGCGAUCCGAUUGGCGACAUACCAGAACAGAUGGUAUAUGGAAUCAACUUAUCCCACAAUAGUCGCUCAUUGUCUAUUCAAGUUGGGUCAGAUCAAUGGCCACCAGAAGAUUUCCUACACACUUAUGAGCAAGAACCUGCCAUCCGGCAUCGCCGAGAUCAUGGAAGCGUACCUAAAAUAUGGUCAAUUGUUUAAGGUGGAGGGUUACGACUUUUAGACGCGGAGGGGACUGGUUGUACGCCUAGUCUUCUCGCCAAAUUCAGAGCUGAGAAGGAUAGGAUCAACAAGGCCAAUCAUGGUUACUAUGUGAUUCCCAAACGGCAAAAGAUUGGAGCACAGAGAAGCAAGAAUAUAUGUCGAUUGCAGCGAGAGUGGCAAAGGCUAAGAAGGAACUUAUAUGUGGGCUUUAGAGCUGGAUGAAUUACAGGAGGAUAUGAUACGUGUGUCACAAUCAUCCGCAGCAGAUCGGAUGACACUUCGACUACUACUGUAAUU